UUUAACUCGUGCACUGUUUUCACUAAGGAGUUGUCUGUUUUUCUCAAGCUCAUGGGAGCGCUCCUCGACACACCCCGGACGGAGAAGUUUAAUGAGUCCGGCGCAGGCAACAACCUGCGGUAUGGUUUGUCCAGCAUGCAAGGCUGGAGAGUGUCCAUGGAGGAUGCUCACUGCGCUAUUACUCAAAUGCCCGGGAAUCUUAAGGAUUGGUCAUUUUUUGCCGUCUUUGACGGGCACGCCGGCGCUCUUGUAUCGGAACUGUGCGCCUCGGAACUCCUAAAGUGCAUAGUUGGAACCGAGGAAUUUAAGAGGAUCGACCCAGACCUGGCCCCGAGCAUCCCGGAAAUCCAGCAGGGUAUUCGCGAAGGCUUUCUCGCCCUCGACGAACGUCUUCGCAACCUCCCAGAAAUCGCCAGCGGUGAGGAUAAAUCAGGUUCCACGGCAAUCUGCGUCCUCAUCACUCCGAACCACAUAUUUUUUGCAAACUGUGGCGAUUCCCGGGCCAUGCUAAUUCGAGACGGUAGGGUGUCUUUUGCGACAACCGACCAUAAACCCGUCCACCCCACUGAGAAGGAGCGCAUCCAAAAAGCAGGUGGCUCGGUCAUUAUACAACGGCAGCUGAUCUCUCCUGAGCCCGAAAUUACUGUUAUUGACCGGGAGAAGGCUAAUGAUCAAAUGAUCGUUCUCGCAUGCGACGGGAUCUGGGACGUCCUAAGCAACGAGAACCUAUGUGAACUGCUACUGGAGAGGGUACAGCGCCUCGACGAUUUGUCCAAAGUUUGUGAUGAAGCAAUCGACUACUGCCUUUACAAAGGGAGUUCGGACAACAUGAGUAUAGUUCUUGUGGCGUUCGAUCCUGCGCCCAAAGUUGACCCUUCAUUGAAGGCGGAAGAUGAGAAGCUUGAAGGAGUCUUGGAGAGACUCACUACUGGUACAUUUUGCUAUGCAUACUUUCAAUAA